AUGGAGCUCAAACAGCCAAUCAAAUCGCUGAAGACCUGCACCAGGCUACCGGAGUUCAAGGCGCUGAAGACCAGCACUAGGCCACCAGAGGUCAAGGCGCUGAAGACCAGCACUAGGCCACCAGAUACACUGAAGACCAGCACCAGGCCACCGGAGGUCAAGUCACUGAAGACCAGCACAAGGCCACCGGAGCCAGCGGAGUUCAAGUCACUGAAGACCAGCACUAGGCCACCGGAAUUCAAGUCACCUAAGACCAGUACUAGGCCACCGGAGUUCAAGUCACGGAAGACCAGCACUAGGCCACCGGAGUUCAAGUCACUGAAGACCUGCACCAGGCCACCGGAGGUCAAGCCGCUGAAGACCAGCACUAGGCAACCGGACGUCAAGGCGCUGAAGACCUGUACUAGGCCACCGGAGUUCAAGUCACUGAAAACCAGCACUAGGCCACCAGAGUCACUGAAGGCCUGCACCAGGCCACCGGAGACCAGCACUAGGCCACUUGAGGUCAAAUCACUGAAGACCAGCACUAGGCCACCGGAGUUCAAGUCUCUGAAGACCUGCACUAGGCCACCGGAGUUCAAGUCACUGAAGACCAGCACUAAGCCACUGGAGGUCAAAUCACUGAAGACCAGCACUAGGCCACCGGAAUUCAAGUCACCUAAGACCAGUACUAGGCCACCGGAGUUCAAGUCACGGAAGACCAGCACUAGGCCACCGGAGUUCAAGUCACUGAAGACCUGCACCAGGCCACCGGAGGUCAAGCCGCUGAAGACCAGCACUAGGCAACCGGACGUCAAGGCGCUGAAGACCUGUACUAGGCCACCGGAGUUCAAGUCACUGAAAGCCAGCACUAGGCCACCAGAGUCACUGAAGGCCUGCACCAGGCCACCGGAGGUGUGCAAACAAUACUGUCGUUUGAAAUCCAACACAAAUAACACAAUCAGAUGUCUGGCCAAUGGUGCAAAUGCUUCAAUGUUUUGUACAUCUGAGUGUCACAGCCAGAGUGGCGAGUGUCUCCAUGGCUGUGUAGGAGGCUGGUAUGGUCCACGGUGCUCCUCUCCAUGCAGUGCAGGUUGUAGUGGUGGCAGGUGUGAUGCUGCAGGUGCGUGUGUGGACGGAUGUAGACCUGGGUAUUUCGGGAGAGACUGUCAGCCCUGUGACCGCUGCAGGAAUCACACCUGUAGCUCACACAACGGGUCCUGUGUGGACGGAUGCAUCACAGGGUAUUAUGGGGAGUUUUGUAAUCACAGCUGUGAGGUUUGCCUUGAGGGGAUCUGUGAUCAGAUGACUGGCGCAUGUGUCAACGGAUGUGACGUCAGCGGACGUGGAUGUAAACCUUCCUGUACCAGCAACUGUUCCAGGGACUAUUGUCUUCAUGCACAGACAUGUGAUACAGAUUCCAAGUCCAAUGGUGUCAACAUCGGACUCCCGAUAGGCUGUGUGGUGUUCAUCCUUGGUGUCCUGGUGUCAAACUACAUCUGCUACAGGAAGGGUUUUGCUGCAAGAAGACAAGCUAUGGUCCUCUCCUUGGUGCUUGUUCUGCCUCUUAUGGUAAUUUCCACACAGGCAGCAAAGUGUACCGACAACCAGGCGUGUUCAGACUGCGACAACACCGGACAAUGUACAACCGAAUGUCACACUGGAUAUUACGACCGGUCCUGUAGAUCAAAAUGUAACACGGCUUGCAAGAAUAAUGCGUGUAAGCCGAAUGGGGAUGGCAUUGAGGUGUGCACCGAAGGUUGUAUACCUGGUUAUGAUGGCAAAAACUGCAACAUUAAAUGUGAGAAUAAUUAUACAUUAAACGAUAUGUACUGUCUUGAGGUGUGCAAGCAACACUGUCGUUUGAAAUCCAACACAAAGGACAUAAUCAGAUGUCUGGUCCAUGGUGAAAGUGCUUCAGUGUUUUGUACAUCUGAGUGUGGCGAGUGUCUCCAUGGCUGUGUAGAAGGCUGGUAUGGACCACGGUGCUCCUCUCAAUGCAGUGCAGGUUGUAGAGGCGGAAGGUGUGAGGCUGCAGGUGCGUGUGUGGACGGAUGUAGACCUUGGUAUUUCGGGAGAUACUGUCAGCCCUGUUACCGCUGCAAGAACCACACCUGUAGCCCACAACACGGGAUCUGUGUGGACGGAUGCCUCACAGGAUAUUAUGGGGAGUUUUGUAAUCACAGCUGUGAGGUUUGCCGUGAGGGGAUCUGUGAUCAGAUGACUGGCGCCUGCGUCAACGGAUGUGACGUCAGCGGACGUGGAUGUAAACCUUCCUGUACCAGCAACUGUUCCAGGGACUAUUGUCUUUACGCACAGACAUGUGAUACAGAUUCUUCAGCAGAUUCCAAGUCUAAUGGUAUCAACAUCGGACUCCCGAUAGGCUGUGUGGUGUUCAUCCUUGGUUUCCUGGUGUCACACUACAUCUGCUACAGGAAGGGGCUUGCUGCAGGAAGGGAGAAACCGGCAGAUGACGCGGAACAGCCUCCUUCUGUGGAGUACCAGGCGUGGCACAAGUACUGUGACAUAGAAGAGGAGGGCAUGGACGUCGGCCGGCAGAUUCAAAAUGGCUGCCAAGAAAACUAUGAAGAAGUGCGAGAUCUUGGCAUGCCGGUGAUAGCUGGUGUCCUUCCAGCGGCGCCGGCCAUUGUACACAGAGGUGAUGACACGUCAUCAGAGAUUUCAUCCUCAUCCACUUCCCGAUCCUGCGACCCCGAGAUACAAAAUGGUAACCCUGAAGAAGACCUAGAUCUUGGCAUGCCGGUGAUAGUUGACGUCUUCCCAGCGGCCCCGGCCAUUGUACACAGAGGUGAUGACACGUCAUCAGAAAGUAUAACAUCGUCCACUUCCCGGUCCUACACCCAUCUGAUCCCUGACGUAGUCCCCGGAGACCCGAGAACAGGUGACACUUAUCUGUCUCCAGUGGAAGACGUCGUCCCACCAUCGGAAUUGUGAUAUCUUAUUUCAUAAUAUAACUCUUCCUUCGGAGUAACAGCGUAAUAACAUUUAAUGUCUUCCAUGAUAGGAUCAUUCUUCGCUUUGUUGUGAUGUCAAACCCAUGUUACGUGGACAAACAUACUGAGCAAA